CUGGUCGGGAAAAAGGACAGAAAAGUAAAAUUUUAACUGGUCUAAAAAUCGUACCGUCGAUUUUUAUAAUCGAACGGUUCACAAAGACCGCUCCAUUGACUGCCAUAGAGAUGAAAUAUAAGACAGAGAUGCCCUAAGCCGUGAAGUCACAGAGAGAGAGAGACACACACAAAGGUUUCGCCAGACUCGCCGGAGAAAUUAGCGACUACGGUGGUCAGAAUCUCCAGUCCCUUCUUCGCCGGAAAAAUCAUUGAUCUCUACAAAUUCUUCAGCUGAGACAAAUCGGACAAGAAGCUCCAAAAAUGUCGUCGUUAGAACAAGAAAUGUUCUUACAGUGGGGAAACAAGAAGAGAAUGAGACGUCUAAGAGCCUCCGCCAACAAGGACAACAAACACAUCUCGCAACGCCAAUCUAACUCAUCAUCUCACGAGACCUUCCUCUUCCACUCCUCAAGAUUCUCCAGAGGAUCAGAAGGGGCAAUACUCAGAUCCGGAGGAUCACUACCAGAGAAAGAGAAAGAGGAGAGGUAUUACACUACGAGAGGCGUUGUUGAUACCAACGGAGAAGACAGCAACGGCAAGGGAGAGGAGAGCAUGUGGCCGAAGCUGUUUGUGACGCUGUCGAGCAAAGAGAAGGAAGAAGACUUCAUGGCUAUGAAAGGCUGCAAACCUUCGCAUAGGCCUAAGAAGAGAGCCAAACUCAUCCAAAAAAGCUUACUUUUGGUGAGUCCUGGAACAUGGUUGGCUGAUAUGUGUCCAGAUAGAUACGAUGUUAGGGUCAAGAAGAGCUCUAAGAAGAGGAGAGCAAGAGGAUUAAAAGCAAUGGGGAAUAAUAUUGAUAGCGAUUCAGAUUGAGGAGGAGCUUGAAGAUUAUUUUAGCUAAUAGAUAUCUUUUGCGUAUUGACUUUAGAUUAACUUUUGCUUUGUGGUGUUCACUUAAAGCAAUCUCUUAUAAAAGUAGUUUCUCUCAGUUUGAUCAUUUUGAACUACAAGGAAGCAUUAUUUCUUUGUGGGCAAUGUAUGUAUGCGCUUGUUGUUGUUGUAACUUGCACACAAUCUUAUUGUAACUUACUACUGUUUCAAAUAAUGUAUUUUUGGUCCCAUC